AAAAACCCUGCCAUCAUGCCUCCAUUUCUCUCUUUGUCUCUUCGUGUCCAACCUCAUCCUUGUUUCCGAAAACUGUUCAUGUCUACCCUUACCAAAGAACAGAGAAAAGAAUCCCUCGCGCCUUUGCUGUCAUCCGGCUGGUCCAUGGUCACCAACCGCGACGCUAUCAUCAAAAAGUAUCAGUUCCAGGAUUUCAAUGAAGCCUUUGGUUUCAUGUCCCGAGUCGCCUUAAAAGCAGACAAAAUGGAUCAUCAUCCGGAAUGGUUCAAUGUAUAUAACCGAGUGGAAGUAACGUUGUCGACUCAUGACUGUCAGGGACUUUCAGCCAAGGACGUCGAAUUGGCCACGUUUUGCGACGGUGUGGCAAAGUAAAUAACGUACUUCUGCUGAGCUAAUAUCCUUCUAUACAUAACAAAAACCUACUGUGGUGCGUGCUAAGGCGAUUCCUUGUGCAUGUGAAUAAAGCGUAACCUUCACAUCAAUUACGAUAUCAAAGCGGACCAGGGGAGGGGAGUGGGACGCCCGCGGAGGAAGUUCAAAGUAUUUGGAUUUUGCAGUGAAUCAGAGGGA